AUGUCCAAACGCGUCUCCGUGAUAAUUUUAGGCGGCUCCCACGCAGGCCUCGCAGUAAGCCACAAACUCCUUCGACAAACUCCCCGAGCCGCCGUAACCCUCAUCAACCCCUCGGAUGAAUACUACUUCAACAUCGCUGCUCCCCGGUUCCUCGUCAAGCCCGAGAGCCUGCCACCAAGCAAAUAUAUCCACUCCAUCCCAGACACGUUCCGCAAAUAUCCCGCCGGCGCUUUCACCGUCAAGGGACUGGUGAUCAAGAUUGACUACUCGACCAAGUCGGUUUCAGUUGCUACGUCUGCAGGUUCGACCAAGGAUACUGCUGCUUUGUUUGUCUUUGAUUACCCCGUUAUCGCGUCCGGCAGCACGACGCCUGCGACGCUAGGACAGGCGGGUGUGAAACUCCCGUUCAAGGCGACCGCGUUCGAGGACACGAGGAACGCAAUACAUGAGGCGCAGGAGACGCUAAAAUCCGCUAGGAGGACUGUUAUCGGUGGCGCGGGCCCCCUGGGAGUCGAAAUUGCCGGGGAACUGGUUGAAGCUGCAGGAUCGAAGAAGGUUACUUUGGUGUCUCGGACAAAGGUGUUCCUGGACGGGGCGACUGAGCCUGUUCAGAAAACGGUGCUAUCACUUCUACGGCGGAUGGAUAUCAAUGUCUUGACAAAGGUCACAGUUAACAACGCGCAGUACGAAACGGACACACAGACUUGGAAGGUUAAGCUGUCUACUAGGCGGAUAGUUACUGCAGAUGCAUACAUUGCUAUUACAGGCACCAUUCCGAAUAACGAGUUCAUCCCAAAAAGCUUGUUAAAUUCCGAGGGCUGGGUAAAUGUCGAUAGACAGCUUAGAGUUAUGGAAGACGGUGCCCUAGCUUUAAUUAGAUAA